AUAACCUCUUUCUCGCCUUCCAAUCGAGUACUCAUGGUACUGCUCACACCUGCGUUUCGCCACGAGUCGAGGAAAGGCUCGCUUUCGAUGUUUACGGGGAGAAAUCUCUGCUCGAGACCGGUCGCGCCAGUCUCGCGGCCCGCGCCGUCCUCGCACCACGCAUACCGCCACGGCCAACGUUCCACGAACUUCCCCCCCUAUUCCCGGUAGUGCAGUGUUUUGUUUGUGAGUGAACCAGGAUUUUUAAAGUGUGUUUUUGCUCGGAUGUGGCGGUGAUGGCUAUGUGCGCGCGCGCAGCGCUGUUCUGCGCGCUGGUCCUCGCCAGCGCGCACGCCUAUACCGUCGACUGCAACCGCGAGUACACGGACUGUGACUCUGAAUUAAGUAAACUAACAGGUGAUGAAGAUGAAGUAGUGGCAGCAUCUCAAACCGAAACAACGGUAGAAAAUCCCCCCGAACCUCCACCCUCCCACACGACCACAGCCACAGCGCCCCCCACAAGAUCAACAGCUCCCACACCAGAACUAAAGAUAGAAACAACCACUGAAGAUGAUACGACCACGAUCGAAUCACCCAGCCUGAAACCAAAAGGGAGACUACUAAAUCUUAACAUAGAUGAACUAAAGAAUUUUGCCCUUACACUACAUAAUGAUACUAAGAUUACUGAUCUUAGCGAUGUAACUUUAGACGGCGAAGAUGAAUUUGAUCCCACAAAACUAGAAAUUCCUAAGUCUCAUAAAGAUUUGCCUGAUAAGUUUUACUCAAAUCUACAAGCACCGUUCCAUCCUACGAUUUUGACGGAUCAUUCUGAUGAAGGGAAGGAGGAAGGAGAUAAUAAUAUAAUGUGCGUUGAAAAUGGAAUCAAUUAUAAGGUAGGAGACCAGAUGAACCGAUCGUGCGAACAGACCUGCGAGUGCAUGCCAAGCGGCACAUUCAACUGCUCCCCGCGCUGCAAAUUUCCAUACAUUCGCCGGGGCCGGACUCUGAAUGAUCCGCUGUGCUUUGAGUCACCUGUUGACGAGUGCUGCAGUAUCGUAGCGUGCGCCACUGGGAAUGGAGACACGAAGGUGACCAAGCUGGAGGUGUGCAAGUACGGCAACGACACGUACCUCGUGGGCAACACGUGGAACGUCGGCUGCGAGCAACGCUGCACGUGUGGAAAGAACUCGAUCGUCACCUGCAAGCCGAGGUGUCCACCUCUACCCCAAUCGGACAAGUGCAUCAACGUGCAAGAUCCCAAUGAUGCCUGCUGUGAGGUGCAAGUAUGUGAUGUAUCUCAAGAUGUGCACGAAGACCAAACUGAUAAUUCCACUAAUUCCACGACUACAGCUGAGAAACAAAACCUCACUGAGGAACCUCCGAAAUCUACCACCAUGCGGCCAUUAGUGCUGACCGAACCGAUUGGAUCCAUCAAGGUCCUACAAAACAACAGCGUCCAAGUGACCCUAAUUCACUCCAACAGCACCGAAGACCCCAUCCAUCUCCUCCUCAGCGAUGACGGAGGAACCUCCUUCAAAGACGUACAACUUAAAUAUGGAAACCUGAUCCUUAAUCUCGAUGGUGGAAAAGACUACAUUCUGAAGACGAAAGAGACGGGAACUAAGUUUAAUUUCACGAUAACCUCGAUGGAUAUGGCUCAGAAGGAGCCGCCUGAAGAAUUGGUGGAGGUUAAUAAGAAGAUUGGGUGCCAUCAGGAUGGCAAGUUUUAUGAAGUUGGCGAAGAAUUCCACAUCGGGUGCUCCGAGCUCUGCGAGUGCACGGGCGACGAGGCGCGCCUGUGCGCCGCGCUGGAGUGCCCGUCGCACGUCGGGCUGGAGCUGGUGUCGAAGGGCUGCGUGCGCUGGGCGCCCAGCCCGCCGCCCGCGCCGCCCAACUGCUGCCCGCGCGCCGCGCGCUGCCUCAGCGACGGCACGUGCCAUUAUAACGGAGUGCCCAUCCCGAACUGGACCGACGUCCCCAUCAGCCUCUCGGGCUGCUCGCAGCGUUGCUUCUGCGAGAACGGAGAGCUAGAUUGCCAGGAGGUGUGCACCCCCCUCCCGUCGCUGCCCCCGCAGAAUAUGCGCUGCCCGCCCGGACACCACCCCGCACCCGUCAACAUUUCCAUCGACGACUGCUGCCAGCAGUGGGGCUGCGUGCCGCACGGUCAAACCCCCUCAUCAGAAAUGCCGAGCUCCACACAGACACAUAUACCUAAAGCGCCGUUCCUGCCUACGGUGCCACCGGAUUCCGAGAUCCACUUCCCAGAUGAGGAUGACGGACAGAACCAUAUAAUACAGCAGCGUCCUGCCAACCCGCUGCUACCCCCCGGAAUACCUGGGAUCACGGUGCCGCCGAACAACGAGAACAAGAAGCUGACGGUAAUCAACUUGGCGUCGGAUUCGCCGACCAGCGUCAAGAUGCUGUUUGCGCUGCCGCCUGUACUCGUCGGGCUGCGCGGCAGUGUCGACCUGAGAUAUACUGACAAGGCUGACGAAGAUAUCGCCCACUGGUACUCCCAAGUGUUCGCGCCGGCGGACGAGAUCCUCACCACGUCUCGGCUGGAGUUCCGUCUCACCGGCCUGAAGCCAGCCACCGUCUACAAGAUGAGAGGGAAGCUGUACCUGCACAACUUGCCCGUGGAGCCGGAGAGCGAGAUAUACACCGUACGCACGCUGGAUCCCCUGCCCACGGUGGCACCGGUAGAAGUGAAGAGAAGAGUGGUCGACAGCAGAAUGGCGGUGCAGGAACUCAAUGACUCCGUGGCCCACAUCACCUGGAAACGGUUCACCGAGGCAGAUUUACCGUUUAUUGAUGCCAUACAAGUUCGCUACCGCCCCGUCGGCAACCCGAUCUACAGCAUGACGGAGCUGCUCCACCACAGCCGGGACUCCGUGUUCCUGCAGGAGCUGCGACCUGGGAGCAGAUACGAGGCCUCUCUAGUACUGGUGCCGCCACCCGGAGCCACCACUGAGCUGCACGACCCCGCUGUGCUCGAGUUCACGACCGCGCCUUACGUCGACCCAUACAACUGGUCAGUGCAGCUCGAAGCCCGCUCGGUGGGCUCCGAGGCGGCGGAGCUGACGUGGCGCGGCGUGCCCGCGCCGGCGGAGCGCUGGGUGCGCGUGUACCGCGCCGCGCACGCGUGCGGCGGCGGCCGCCGCGAGCACGACGCGUUCCGGCUGGCCGUGCGCGACCAGCCGCCCGCCAUCACGCUCACCGGCCUGGAGCCUGACACAAGGUGUCGUGUGUGGCUUGAGCUGUUCCUUACAAAUGGAAAAGUGAAAACCAGUAACGUACUAGAAAUUAACACAAAGUCUCUAGACUCUCCGGAGCCAAUCGACAAUGCCAUCGAAGCCUCAUCGGUGGGUGGCGCCGUGGCGCCGCGAGGCGAUUACUACGGAGCGCUCGUGGUAGUGGGAGUGGUGGCCGCCCUGGGCGCGCUGACGUCACUGUUGCUUCUACUGGUGGUUGUCCGUCGACAUCGCCCGCGCUCCGUACCUAUUACUCCUGUACCUACCGCUCCAAGGGAGUCGUCGCUUCCACCGUACGACAACCCCGCGUACAAACUAGAGUUACAGCAAGAAACUAUGGAUCUCUGACAAUUAAGCUCCCGUGGGCACACGAACGGCCUGAACGGGAUCUCAGAGCGUGGCGUGGAAGUGCCGAACGGCCGGCAUUACAACGAAAUGGGCGUUUAGAGGGCCGGCUACGAAACAAGUGUCAAGACAUUGUAGGAAGAAA